AUGGCACCCUCAGCCCUGCCAGGACCCACUGAGCUCUUGUACUGGGCAGCCUGCCUAGGUGCCCUCUACCUUCUCUUCAGACUCUCCAAAUUCUACCUGAAAUUCAAGGAGCUGCAGAGAGCCUUCACCGCCUUCCCGGGUCCUAAACGCCAUUGGCUUUAUGGCAAUGCCCAUGACUUCAGGCAUGACGGAAAACACUUGGACAUUUUGGAGGGCUACGCGAAGAAGUACGACUACGCCUUCCCCAUGUGGCUGAGCAAUUUCUUGCCCACUCUUUUUGUCACUCACCCGGACUAUGCAAAAGCCAUUCUGUCCAGACAAGAUCCAAAGGAUAACUUUGCCUAUCGCUUCAUCACCCCAUGGAUUGGAAACGGGCUGCUGGUCUUAUCAGGGCAGAAAUGGCUCCAGCAUCGAAAGCUACUGACCCCCGGAUUCCAUUAUGACGUUUUGAAGCCGUAUAUCAGAGAGAUGUCUGAAAGUGUAAAUGUUAUGCUGGAAAAAUGGGAGGAGAUGCUACCAGAGAAGAAACCAGUGGAGCUUUUCCAUCACGUCAGCCUCAUGACCCUGGACACCAUCAUGAAAUGUGCCUUCAGCUACAAGAGCAACUGCCAGCUGGACAGUGAAAGUGACUACAUUAAAGCCGUAUUCGACAUCUCCUACCUGGUAAAUUACAGAAUCCACCACGUUCCGUAUCAUAGUGACUUGAUUUUUCACUUGAGCCCUCAAGGAUUUCGUUUCCGGAAGGCGCUGAAGAUUGCACGUGAACAUACAGUUAAAGUGAUUAAAAGGAGACAAGAAUCUCUUAAGCAAGAAAGUGAACUUGAGAAAGUGAAGCAGAAGAGACAUUUGGACUUUCUUGAUAUUCUCUUAUGUGCCAAGGAUGAAAAUGGUCAUGGACUUUCCAAUGAAGAUUUGCAGGCAGAGGUGGACACCUUCAUGUUUGGAGGACAUGACACAACAGCCAGUGGCAUCUCCUGGAUAUUGUACUGCUUGGCUAAAUAUCCAGAGCACCAGGAGAAAUGUCGGGAGGAGAUCGGAGAGGUCCUGGGAGAUCGGAGGACAGUGGAGUGGGAGGACCUGGGUAAGCUGCCAUACACCACCAUGUGUAUUAAGGAGAGCAUGCGUCUCUUCCCACCUGUACCAGGAGUGUCCCGUGAACUAAAAGAACCAAUCACAUUUUGUGAUGGGCGGAGCCUACCCAAAGGAGCUGUCACCAUCAUAAAUAUAUAUUGCAUCAAUAGAUCUCCCAGUAUGUGGGACGACCCCGAGGUUUUUGACCCACUGAGAUUUUCACUGGACAAUCCGUCCAAAAGACAUUCCCAUGCCUUCCUGCCAUUCUCAGCCGGAUCAAGGAACUGCAUUGGACAGAACUUUGCUAUGAAUGAGAUGAAAGUUGCCAUCGCCCUGACGUUACGGAGAUUUCAACUGUUUCCAGACCCGGACAAAGAACCAAUAAAAGUCCCUCAGCUAGUCCUCCGUUCUCCAAAUGGUAUUUACCUGAAUAUGAAGAAAAUACAGGAAGAAUCAUAA